AGGGGGUGAAAUGCUUGGCGCCCCGCCUGCACGGGGAUUUAAUAGAAGGAUAUCAGAUGUAGCACAUCAAUUCAAAUUAAUGUCUCUCUCCUAAGUCUUUUUCAGGGUCUGCCUUACAAGACAGUAAAUCAGUCAGAAUUCCUUCUUUUGCGCACUUUUUAUACGUGUGAAAGUCGGCUUCUAGACUAGCAUUUCAUACAUUUCGGAACGGGAACGAAAAUGAGGCUGAACGAACAUCAAGCCGUCCUGUCCCCAAAAAUCCUCCUCGUUCCAUACUCAGAGCAUCAUGUGCCCACCUACCACGAAUGGAUGCAGGACGAAGCUCUUCAAGAAGCGACGGCGUCAGAGCCUCUAACUCUCCCCGAGGAGUACGCCAUGCAGAAGUCCUGGCGGACAGAUCCGGACAAGCUCACCUUCAUUGUGUGCGUUGCUCCUCAUACUGCGGGAGCGAACGAAUCAGCACAUCUCGUACUGGAGCGUGGGAAACAAGAUGCCCCAUCUUGCAUGCUCGGGGAUGUUAAUCUAUUCUUGUACCCCGAUGUUGCGGAUGACGAAGAAGAUCCGGACGUGGCAGCGGACGCCAACGGUGUCAAGAGCGGCCAACCAAUUCAUGACGUUAUUGGCGAGGUGGAGAUUAUGAUUGCUGGGCAGCAUCACCAGGGGAAGGGCCUCGGGAAGCAAAUCCUCUUGACAUUCCUGUGGUACAUCACCUCUAAUCUGACCGAAAUACUGGGAGAGUACCGGAAAGCGCACACCAGCGGGAAAGCAGAAACUGUCCUGAAGUACCUAAGAGUCAAGAUCAAUAGUGAGAACGCAAGGAGUGUCCGGUUGUUUGAAAGCGCGGGGUUUGACAAAGUCUCCGACACGCCAAAUUAUUUUGGAGAGCUCGAGUUAAGGCGAUCAAUAUCUGCGGAUCACAUCGAUGAUAUUGUUCGGGAACUAGGCGCGAUACCACUCAGUUUAGCGUAUCCAUAAUUCUACACAUCUCGUAAAUAAGAGCAUCAGGUAAAUGGUAAUAAGUACACGUGAUGCUUCAUUUCUAUUUCGAGAUCUCACACACGCCGCAUGGCACCGCCCACUCUAUAGCUUCUGGUACUCCAGCUUGCCCUCC